AUGGGGAAGAAUGUAGAGUCAAGAUGUGAAACUAGCAGUGAAUCGAAGGCGAAUCAAACUGCUACUUCUGUUGAACGUAGCAGCUUCUCCUCCCCCUCAUCCUCUUCAUACGAAGACCUCACCAAUGAGCCAAAAACAGGUGCUAAUGGCACUGAAUUAGCUUUAGAUAUUAAUGAAGAGGGUUUUGCUACCAGCUCUCGUUCAAGGCUAGAGCAACCAAAUGAUGAAUUGGCAACAGAAUCUCCUCCGGCACAGGUGAUGGCGCGAGCUGAUGAUGACAACCUCUCUGUUGAUCCUAAUAGGAUCCCAUCUCAUGUGUUUGCGAGAACUAAAUCUAAUGCUCUAGAAUGGAGUAUUGCUUCUAAUGAAUCCUUGUUCAGCAUUCAUAUGGGGAAUAUGAGUUUCACUAGAGAUCAAUUAAGCUGGAUGGGAGGUGACAUUCAAUUUUCAGGGCCUUUAUUUGACCUCCCAAGUAUGCAGCCGCCAACAGCGACAUCACAUGGGAAUUUAAGCCUAGGAGCAACUGAAGCUGCAGCAGUUGCAACAAUGAGAGAGGUCAUAAGGGAAAACGAUAGCAAUGACAAACUGAAAUUAUCUCUCCCCCCUGAGGACUCUUCCCUUGCUCGCGAUGCUAGCACCAAAUCCUUUGCAUUUCCAAUAUUGACAGCGGACGAAGACAAAAGUACGUCAGUAAGGGGAUCAAUAAGGGGGAAGAAACAGCAAUCAUUGCAGCUCGAGAUGCCCAAAGCAGCAGAACCAGGGACUCCAGCACCACCUCAGCGCCCUGAAGCAAACAACAAAGCUGCAGGUCGGGUGAAACGGUAUUCUUGCUUCUCUUGUUGCUCAAUCUGCUGAAGAAGGGUAUUAGGG